CCCAGAAUGUACAUAACAUUUGGAAGAUGAGUGGAACACUGAGCAACUCUUCUUCCAUGGAGAACUAGUGUCGUGUUGUGUAGUAUAGUGUAGUACAAGUAAAUUAAGUGUAUAUAUCAUAGAAUAGAACUACUCAACAUUCAUUCUCCCAUUCAUCUCAUGAAUGAUGAAGCCCAGUCACUUCCAUCUCCAUCUCCGCCGCCACUUCGGCACCAAAUACACCGCCAAGAUCACCUCCACCUCCCCCACCGGACUCUCCCUCUCCGCCGAGGUUACACCACCACCUCCACUCCCCUUCGACGUCAGAGGCUACCCUCUCCCCCGCCGCGACCUCAUCUGCAAAGCCACCCAAAUCCUCCUCCGCCACCACCACAACAACAACAACCACAAACCCUCGCCGUCGUUUGACGACCCUUUCUCCGACCUCUCAGAUUACCUCCAAUCUCUCUCCCUCACACUCACACCUCUCGAAGCCUCAGAAAUCCUCAAAGCCCUCAAAAACCCUUCCCUCGCUCUCAGAUUCUUCCACUUUUGCCCCUCCCUUUCCCCCAAUUUCCGACACGAGUCCUUCACCUAUAACCGCCUCCUCCUCAUACUCUCCAAGUCAACUUCCCCUCUUCGGUUCGACCAGGCUCGCUCCCUCCUCGACGACAUGGACCGGCGCGGCGUUCGUGGAUCAAUCUCCACCGUUAAUAUCCUAAUCGGGUUCUUCGGUGAAGAUUUGGAGAUGUGUGUUGGGUUGGUGAAGAAAUGGGAGUUGAGGCUCAAUGCUUACACCUACAAGUGCUUGCUUCAGGCAUAUUUGAGAUCACAUGAUUCAACUAAGGCUUUUCAGGUCUACUUGGAGAUGCAAAGACGUGGUUAUAAGUUGGACAUUUUUGGUUACAAUAUGCUCUUGGAUGCUUUGGCCAAGGAUGAUAAGGUGGAUGAAGCUUGUAAAGUUUUUGAGGACAUGAAGCGGAGGCAUUGCGAGCCUGAUGUGUUCACUUACACCAUUAUGAUCAGAAUGAUGGGAAAAUCUGGCAAAACUGAUGAGUCGCUGGCACUUUUUCAGGUAAUGUUAGCUAAGGGCUGCACUCCUAAUUUGAUUGCUUAUAAUACUAUGAUUGAGGCACUUGCAAAGGGCCGGAUGGUUGACAAGGCCGUCCUGCUCUUCUCAAAAAUGGUGGAGAAUGAUUGUCAGCCUAAUGAAUUUACGUACUGUGUGCUUUUGAAUGUUCUGGUUGCUGAAGGGAAACUUAAUAAGCUUGACAAUAUUGUGGAGUUAUCAAAGAAAUAUAUGAAUAAACAGAUAUAUGCUUAUUUUGUAAGGACUUUAAGCAAAUUAGGUCAUGCUUCUGAAGCGCAUAGGCUAUUUUGCAACAUGUGGAACUUUCAUGACAAGGGUGAUAGGGAUGCUUACAUGUCCAUGUUGGAGAGUCUAUGCAGUGCUGGUAAAUUGACAGAAGCUAUAGACCUUCUGAAUAAAAUUCAUGAAAAGGGUAUAACCACUGAUACUAUCAUGUAUAAUACAGUAUUCACAGCUCUUGGCAGGUUGAAACAGAUAUCACAUAUUCAUGAUCUUUAUGAAAAGAUGAAACAAGAUGGACCUCCACCAGACAUAUUUACGUACAAUAUUCUGAUCUCCAGCUUUGGCAGGGCUGGAAGAGUUGACAGUGCUGUUAAAAUUUUUGAAGAACUAGAGAAUAGCAAUUGUCAGCCUGAUGUUGUUUCCUAUAACUGUUUGAUCAAUUGCCUUGGGAAGAAUGGGGAUGUUGAUGAAGCUCACAUGAGGUUUAAAGAGAUGCAAGAGAAAGGAUUAAAUCCUGAUGUUGUAACUUAUAGUACACUUAUUGAGUGCUUUGGCAAGACAGAUAAAGUUGAGAUGGCUUGUAGGUUGUUUGAUGAAAUGCUUGCUGAAGAAUGCUCUCCUAACUUAGUCACAUAUAAUAUUUUACUUGAUUGUCUUGAAAGGUGUGGAAGAACAGCCGAGGCAGUGGACCUUUAUGCAAAACUUAAGCAGCAAGGAUUGACACCAGAUUCAAUUACAUACACAGUGCUUGAACGAUUGCAAAGUGGUGAACGCGGGAAGUUGAGAUUUCGCAGGCAGAACCCAAUUACAGGAUGGGUUGUUAGCCCUUUAAGAUGACAGAGGAAACAGAAUAAUUAUUGCACGUCCAUAUCAGCCAGAAAAUUUUUGUAAUUGGCUUUUUCAGGGUUCUUCUGAUGCUGUCUAAUAUAUAGCUGUGUAGCUGAGGUGAAGAUCUAUUUGAUUAUGGCCAUGUGAUGAACUUGGUUGCAACCAGAUAUGAUGAUUCAAGUGCGGGGGCUAUAACAUGGUCCAGAAAUGGUAAAAAUAACAUGUUGGUAGGGUAACAAACUCAAGUUUUCCUGCAUUGGGACUUGGGAGUUCUGUGAAGAAGGGCAUCGUUUCUUUCUGUUAUGAAUCUCUUUUCUUACAGAUUUUGAUAAUUUAAUUCCCAAAAGGGUCUGUUGCAAGCCCAUACAAGAUUCAUCAUCUUAGUCAUGGGUUUCCCAUUUUCUGACCUAGCAAAGAUAAACGAAUUUGUGUGGAAAAGACGAACCAGUAAUUUCUCUUUAUAUAGAAUUCUCCAUUCUUAUAUGAAUAGUUACAGGGAAAAUCUAGUAGGGGGAAAAAUGACUAAUUUUUCUUUGGUUUUUAUAUUGGAAACUUCUAGAUUUCUAGACGUAUACACCAACCGAGUGAUAUAUUUAAUUCAAAUGUUAAUAGCUGGCGUCCUUCAAGCAUAGGUUUUUGUUUUUUGUUUUUUGUUUUUUUCAUAGUUUGAGGAUUGUUUUGUAUAAUGUAAAGCACAGGA